AAUAGUUUUAUUUUUAUUAUGACAUCUACAAUACAUUCAUCCUUAAUAUAUGAUAAUUAUUAUGUAUUUCCAUUCCAAAAUUUGAUAGAUACAUUGACAGGGAUUAAAUUAUUUAUAACAUCUUCUUUAUUCAACCAAAAAUGCAGCAUAUGAUUGUUUCUGGAAUUUUCAUACUCUAUUUGCAUCGUUGUAUAAACUAUACAGUUAAAUGAUUUAAGAGGCAACUUUAUCCAUUUAGAAUGGAAUUCUACACCAUCUGUAAUAUUGCAAAACAGUGAUUACACCUGCACAGAAAUACACAUUGGUAAGGCAACUACAAUCAAGUGUUGCAUCAUAUUCCCCCAACAUUUUAUGCAUCCAGGUUACAUGUUUCAACUGUGGUUUUCCCAGCAGUGAGAUCAUUUAAAGAAAGUUAUAUUUGCACCACAUAGAGUUUUGAAAUAUUAGAUAUGAAACAAUAAUAUUUUCCAUUUUAUGUACAAAAUUAUCCAAAUGUAUUGCAGGUAAUAUACGUUUUAUUUUCAGUAGCAAGAUCUUCACUUAUAACUUGUUAUAAUGAUCGUUACCACAUUUGCAUUUGUUUUCUUUAAAGAAAGACUAUCAACAAUACACUUCCUCUUCUAUGUAUAAAAGAAUUAAUUUCCCACAAUUAUUUUGGAAAAGGAGAGUGUUAAAGGGGGAGAUUAAAACUUGGCUAAAGCCAGGUAAUGUACGCCACCAGUUUGUGGUAGCUUCCCCCAUCACAUCUCAAUUUUAGAGCCUGCCUGUGUAUUCUCAAAUAUCCAUAUUGUCUCCAUUUACUUCAGUUAGUUACACACGUGGGCCCCAAUCUUAUGUAUGUGAGUAGUCCCACUGACUUCAAGUUACAAAUGUGUGUAUGCAAAAUUGGAGAUAGGAGCACAUGCAGAAUCAAAUUUUUCAGACUGCCAGUACAGCUAAAUUAUAUGGUAGUCAUGUAAUGUAAACAAAUGUCCACCUGGAAUUCAAAUCUCUAGGGCCUCCCAUAGGAAACCUAGUUUUUGCUUAAUAAAGAAUAAAGGAUUAGGAUCUAGAUUAAAUUAACAGUAUAUAUAAAUAAUACACAAGAUGACACGUGAGUACACAGCAAUAAUUUCAAGGCAGUGCAUACGGUUUUAAUUUUCCAUUCUGUACUUCUUACUGUGGUGGAUUAACAAAAUGGGGUUUGAAGGGGAAAAGAGAAAUCAAUUAUUUCACAAGAGAAAGGCAAAGUGUAAGGGUUGCCAGUUUUGGCUUCAAUCUUGCAAUCAGAUCUGUUUAGGCAGACCCUUGUGUUUAUAUGACAGAUCCUAUUGCAAGAUCAAGGUAGUUUGUUAGUUUGUUUUUAUUUUUCAGCAUCUGAGUUGCUGUACCCAAUUCUGAAAAGGUUUUGGGCUUUUUGAGAUUGUUUUUUAAAUAAUAUUCCAUAUGAAAGAUACUGUUAGGAUGUAAACUGUUUAUUCCUGGGGCAGGGAUGUCUUCUCUUAUGUUCUAUGCAUUACCAACCACAUACAAGUAAUAAUCGAAAUACUAAAAGAAAAAAGUUGAAAUUUAGAAGUGAUAUCAAUAGAUGGCCGGUAGAAAUUACUAGGAUAUAUUUGUUUAAUUGUAUCUUAUAAUUACAAAAAAUAAAAUGUCCUGAUACAGUCUAGAUGUGCACAUAGCUAUAAUGUGUGUAACUACCUGUUGCUAUCAUUUUUAUCUUCAUGAUCCCUCCAACAGUUCAUCCUAUUGUUUGUUACGCCCAUCUAUUGAGUCUUGACUUAAACUAGUUCCUAGGCUUGCCACAGUCACAUUUCCACUGACAGACUUUAACACCUGCAUUGGUCUAAUUGAAGAAUAGGAGCUUAUUUGUGUGCAGCACACAGCAAAAUGGGUCUUCAAUUCUCUAGGUGCUAAAGUAAGAUAAAUAAAUAAUAAAGUGCCCAAUCAGUAAGGAAUUAAAUACAAAAGAUAAUCACCUUUGAAAUAAUAAGUCUUUUAGCUGGAAUGUUUAACAAUGCUCAUUUAAUAAACAUCAUUUACGUAAUGUAAUGUAGACCUGUUCAUAUAACCAAACUAAAACCAUACACCUUUACUUACUGUAUAAGAAAAUUAGCUUAUUUCCGUCAAAUGCUGUCCCUUUACUGCAUUUAGAUAUUCUGUCCCAAUAUGUGAUUUUUAACACAAAUUUGACACAUUUCACUGCAAUUGCUGUUUCAAAAAGAGCAACAUCACGUACUUAGAUGGUAAACUCCUUGGACAGGGACUCUUUGUUAUGUGUUUUGUACAGCACCUAGCACAAUCCGGGGGCCUCCUCCGACUGAACUCCCGGGGUGCUGCAAGUACGCCACCGCACUCAGCCAGCGCCCCGCGCAUGCGCAGUCGGUCUACCGCUCGCUCUCUUGCGACACGCGCACGUGGGGCGCCUCUCUCUCUCGAUGCCGGUUGCAUCACCCGGCUUCGGGGUCCUUCCUGAGGCUGCCCGUCGCUCGCCUGCGCCACUGCCGCGCUCCCCUGGUGCCCCCACCGGAGCAGCGAAGACCAGAGCGGGACGAGACUGGGCCGGGUGCUUCCCGCAUAGCCCGCGGCGCCGGACUCGGAGCGGGCGGCGCCCUCCAGCCCGUGUAGCGCCGAGCUCAGGCGGCCGCGUAGGGCUCCUCACUUCCUCUUGGGCAAGAUGGCGGGGGACGAGGCGGGAGUGACUCUGGGGCAGCCGCACCUCUCCCGGCAGGACCUGGCCACCCUGAAUGUUACCAAGCUGACGCCUCUCUCGCCAGAAGUCAUCAGCCGUCAAGCUACGAUUAAUAUAGGCACAAUUGGUCAUGUGGCCCAUGGAAAGUCAACAGUAGUAAAAGCUAUUUCUGGAGUUCACACUGUUAGAUUCAAAAAUGAACUGGAAAGAAAUAUCACUAUCAAGCUGGGUUAUGCCAAUGCUAAGAUUUACAAACUUGAUGACCCCAGUUGCUCCCGACCAGAGUGUUACCGGUCCUGUGGAAGUAGUACACCAGAUGAGUUCCCUACAGAUAUUCCUGGGACCAAAGGGAAUUUUAAACUAAUCAGGCAUGUCUCUUUUGUCGAUUGUCCGGGCCACGAUAUCUUGAUGGCUACUAUGCUGAACGGUGCGGCAGUUAUGGAUGCAGCACUGCUUUUGAUAGCUGGUAAUGAGUCAUGCCCUCAGCCCCAGACCUCUGAACAUCUAGCUGCUAUAGAAAUCAUGAAAUUGAAACACAUUCUAAUUCUACAGAAUAAGAUUGACUUGGUAAAGGAGAGCCAGGCUAAAGAACAGUAUGAACAGAUUCUUGCAUUUGUACAAGGUACAGUUGCAGAAGGAGCUCCUAUUAUUCCAAUCUCAGCACAGCUGAAAUACAACAUUGAGGUGGUUUGUGAGUAUAUAGUAAAGAAAAUUCCAGUCCCAUUGCGAGACUUCACAUCAGAACCAAGACUUAUUGUAAUUAGAUCUUUUGAUGUCAACAAGCCUGGAUGUGAAGUAGAUGACCUUAAGGGUGGUGUAGCUGGCGGUAGUAUUCUAAAAGGUGUAUUAAAGGUAGGCCAGGAACUUGAAGUCAGACCUGGUAUUGUAUCCAAGGACAGUGAAGGAAAACUCAUGUGCAAGCCAAUCUUUUCCAAAAUUGUAUCACUUUUUGCAGAACACAAUGAUCUACAGUAUGCUGCUCCUGGAGGCCUAAUUGGUGUUGGCACUAAAAUUGACCCAACUUUAUGUCGGGCUGACCGAAUGGUGGGGCAGGUUCUUGGUGCAGUUGGAGCACUCCCUGAAAUAUUCACAGAGCUGGAAAUUUCCUAUUUCCUGCUUAGGCGACUCCUAGGUGUGCGCACUGAGGGAGACAAGAAAGCUGCAAAGGUGCAAAAGCUAUCCAAGAAUGAAGUUUUAAUGGUAAAUAUAGGAUCCUUGUCUACUGGAGGAAGAGUUAGCGCAGUGAAGGCUGAUUUAGGCAAGAUAGUGCUAACUAACCCUGUGUGCACAGAAGUAGGAGAAAAAAUUGCCCUUAGUCGAAGAGUUGAGAAACACUGGCGUUUAAUCGGCUGGGGUCAAAUAAGAAGAGGAGUGACAAUCAAGCCAACAGUUGAUGAUGAUUGAAAAGUAAAAACAAGUGUGUCAUUUUGAGAGAUGGAAUGCCUAUUUCCAUAUACUGGGGGGGUACAUUUUUGGAGUGAAAUUUGUUACACAACUCCCAUUGCUCCAGACAUUUUACUGGAAAUUUACCCUCUUACUAAAAUACUAGUCAGUAUCUCCAAUGAAAGGGUAAAAAAUUGUCAUAGAGGUGGAUCUAAUAAUCCACAUUUUAGCAGAAACUAAUUGUAUGUGUUUCAUGCCAUAUCUAAUUUAUGUUAGUUUGUGUUUGAGAAGAUUGUUUAAUAUCACUCAAGUCACCCCCAAUGUAAAACACAAACCAUAAAAUCUGUUUUGAAAUAAAAUAUUGCUUCUUAUUUUUCA